GAUACCAGUGCAAGACUUCGUGGGACUUGCAGGACGAAUUGGAUUUUAUUCCCACUGAGCCGUCUACAAACAUAAUGCCAGUUUACCUUUGGGUGCAAUUUGUCUUUAAUUGUCUCAGUCUUUAUCUGUAUCCAUCCUCCAGUUAUCUCUAUCUCUCCCCACCCUCCCCUCUGGUUUCCUGGCCGGUCACACAGAUAUAGGGGGAAGUGUGAUGCUAGUAUUUCAGCGGCCACACAGACUGUCUGUUUCAGUCGCACAGAGAGAGAGACCCCGUGACAGAGGCGGUGCUGGGCUCUGCCUAAUUCCACCGGUGACAUGGAAGAUAACGACAGACCCUACACCCCACUGCUGAGGGCAAUACAGGAGCCACUCUUACCAAAGCCCCAUGUAGUUGCCAUGAAGUGCUUCCUUGUUGGGAUUAAUAUUUCCAGUAUCGCUAUUGGUGCGAUCUACUUUAAUGAUUGUCCCGGCCAGUAUCUGAUUCCAUACUAUCUCAUUAUAUCGGGUGUGGCAUGUCUGCUUCUACUCUGCCUCACAUGUCUCCCGUGUGGGGAUGGCAGAGAGCCACCAUCUAUCAGUCUGCCGAAUGUCUGUGCACAGUCAGUGAUGAUCUUAUUCCUCUUUGCCUUCUUCAUAGCAGGAAAUGUCUGGAUAUAUUCUCUGAACAGUGAACCCUGGGAUUCUCCAUCAGGCCCACACAGAUGUAACCGGGUCCUUUACCUGUACUCCUUCUGGGUCAUAACACUGUGUCAUCUGUGUGUCGCUGUCCUGGUUCUUACCUACCUUUGUUUGCUGCUCUUCCUCUGUAUCCUGAGAAGGUCAAUGUUCUGGCGUUCCUGGGUCAACAUCAGCUGAGAGCCCGGCUGACCGUGAACCCAACCUCGGCUGACAGCCCAGCUGACCCUAACCCAACCUCGUCUGAGAGACGAGCUGACCCUGGACCCAACCUCAGCUGAGGUCCCGGCUGACCCUGGACCCAACCUCAGCUGAGGUCCCGGCUGACCCUGGACCCAACCUCAGCUGAGGUCCCGGCUGACCCUGGACCCAACCUCAGCUGAGGUCCCGGCUGACCCUGGACCCAACCUCGGCUGAGGUCCCGGCUGAUCCUGGACCCAACCUCGGCUGAGGUCCCGGCUAACCCUGGACCCAACCUCGGCUGAGGUCCCGGCUGACCCUGGACCCAACCUCGGCUGAGGUCCCGGCUGACCCUGGACCCAACCUCGGCUGAGGUCCCGGCUGACCCUGGACCCAACCUCGGCUGAGGUCCCGGCUGACCCUGGACCCAACCUCGGCUGAGGUCCCGGCUGACCCUGGACCCAACCUCGGCUGAGGUCCCGGCUGACCCUGGACCCAACCUCAGCUGAGAGGCUGGCUGACCCUAAACCCAACCUCAGCUGAGGUCCCGGCUGACCCUGGACCCAACCUCCAUUAAGGUCCCGGCUGACCCUAGACCCAACCUCAGCUGAGGUCCCGGCUGACCCUAGACCCAACCUCAGCUGAGAACCCGGCUGACCCUGAACCCAACCUCAGCUGAGAGCCCUGCGGAUCCUGAACCGAACCUCAGCUGAGAACCCUGCGGAUCCUGAACUCAACCUCAGCUGAGAGCCCUGCUGACCCUGAACUCAACCUCGGCUGAGGUCCCGGCUGACCCUGAACUCAACCUCGGCUGAGGUCCCGGCUGACCCUGAACUCAACCUCGGCUGAGGUCCCGGCUGACCCUGAACUCAACCUCGGCUGAGGUCCCGGCUGCCCCUGAACUCAACCUCGGCUGAGGUCCCGGCUGACCCUGAACUCAACCUCGGCUGAAGUCCCGGCUGACCCUGAACUCAACCUCGGCUGAGGUCUCGGCUGACCCUAAACCCAACCUCGGCUGAGAGCCCUGCUGACCCUGGAUCCAACCUCGGCUAAGGUCCCAGCUGACCCUGGACCCAACUUCAGCUGAGAGCCCGGCUGACCCUGAACCCCAAUAGACAUUCUGAGAAGAAAAGCACUAUUCUUGCUAAGCAGAUAAGACGUAAUUACAUAAUACAGUUGAAACAAAAACGUAAAUGUUCAUAAUAAUCAACGGUUCCCAAAUACUUUCAGUUCAGUCCGAGGAAGGGAACAAAACAGGCACCAUUGAGUAUUUUCUUCUGCAACUGAAUUUAUCACCAGCUCCUGAUGUGGGACAGAACCCUUGACUCUUUACCACCCUUACAAUAAAGAAUCCUUUCCUGUGGUGAUGGUGGCUGUCUGUUAUCUGAGCCCAAUAUGUGGUUAGAAACAGGGGAUGUUAUCUCUGCCCUGAGUCCUGGGAAACUAGCAAGUUUUGGGUCAAGAUUGGGAGAAUGAAGUUUAUCUGGAUGUAUCCUUAUUUGCAUUAAUAAUAAUUUGAGAUCUGAAGAUCAGAAUUGCCCUCCGUUUGCCUCCACAAUGUUGUAUCUUUGUAUUUAGCCCCUUAGGGGUACAUAUUAAAAUAUGUGAUUUCUUGGCUAUCA